AGUCAUUUCUGGGGGCGUGUCCAGAUGGGAGUUUGUGGUCGAAGAAGAAGAUUCGCAGACGAAACGCAGAAACAUCCACCACAGGAAGAUGUCCGCGGUCCCUGAUGGGAAGAAACUUGUUCGCAGCCCCAGUGGCCUUCGAAUGGUCCCGGAAAACGGUGCUUUUAACAGCCCGUUCUCCCUUGACGAGCCGCAGUGGGUCCCAGAUAAAGAGUGCGCUCGAUGUAUGCAGUGCGACACCAAGUUUGACUUCAUCAAAAGAAAGCACCACUGCCGGCGGUGCGGGCGCUGCUUCUGCGACAAAUGCUGCAGCAAGAAGGUGGUCCUGCCCCGCAUGUGUUUCGUGGACCCCGUCAGGCAGUGCGCCGAGUGCGGCCUGGUCUCCCAGAAAGAGGUGGAGUUCUACGACAAGCAGCUCAAAGUGCUCCUGGGAGGAGGCACUUUCGUCGUCACUUUGGGAACGUCGGAGAAGUCUGAAACCAUGACCUGUCGCCUCUCCAACAACCACAGGCAAGUCGGCAAGACACCAGUAUUUGGAACAAAUUUGUUCACGAAAUAUCUGUUCCUUGAUGGUGAAAGUCACUUCGAGGUUGAGUUGACUCGCAUCUCCAGUAUGCAGAUUCUGACAGACGGAACGAGUCCAGGAGGGGGGACGUCUCGGGCCAGCGGCAUGCUGAUCCACUACAAACCGAUGGGCUCUGAGGACGCCCAGCAGCUCCGCAUGGAGGCCGUCGACGAGAAAAAGACGGCUUCGUUAUGGCUGGUUGCAAUGCACAAGGCAGCCAAACUGCUGUAUGAAGCUCGAGACCAGUGACAGCCAGCAGCUUCCAUGCAGCCUUCGUCAGCAGGGUUGGGUAUCGAUCGGAUUUCAUCAGCACAAAUUCUCCUUUUUCUGUCUGACUCCUCAUCCUUUCUUAAUACCAAUUCUCCUAUCAUUUUUUUUUGUUUUAUUUGGAAGAAAUGUUUCUACAAAAAACACCUGAUUACCUCUGUAACCAGUACUUUGUACUUUACUGUUUACCACAAGUAGGUUGAUUGUGUGUUUUCUUAUUGAAGGCGGUUAAGUUCCUUUGGGGUUUUUUUUUAAUCCAGGGAACAUGGCGUUAAUUCUUCGCACAGAAAUAUAACAGGAAAACCCGUUUUUUCAAAACGGGAAGGCUUUAACUUUAAAUCCGCAGUUUGAAAGCAAAACUUUCAAGUUUGUUUUCGCACACACAAAAAGUCUGCGUUCAAUCUAACAUCGGAAAAUGUGACAUUACACUUUUACUUCACUUUUACUCUGUAAACAUUGGCAUUAGUGAUUCAUGAACGCUCAAUGUCCUUAUAUGCUGCUCUUCGUUUUUAGUUUCUUUUUCUCUUUUAUGUGUGUGCAUGUGUAUAAAUGAAGAAUUUAAUUUCCUGCUAGAGGUGAUGACAGUACCAAGUACAGACAUGUGAAAAGGACCUUAAUAUCCAGAACUUCCUGGUUGAAAACUGUCACGAGCUGGUUAAAGGACCAAUUCACCAAAGGCCAUUUGAAAAGCAGCUAUUUGUGAUGGGGUUUUUUUCCUUUUAGGACCCAGUUUUGUUGGCAGCAAAAUUUAUGGGUAAACCCAUAAAUAUAUCCGAUUGAAGGUUUGAUAGCAGAUUUACAGAAACUGCAUUGUUCUGCCCACUUUUCCGGAUCCUUCCAGAGCGGCUUGAUCAUUCAAACAGCUUUGUGUGGUUGGUGUAAAUGGCGAGAACCAAAGAAAGAUGCGAGCCUGGCUCCAAAACUAUAGUUUGACACCAGAUUCCACUUUAUUCGGAUUAAACUGGUCGAAUUUCUGUCAAAUAUAGAGACAAAUGAUUGUCUUUUAACGUAUUUUUUUAUGCAGUCACCUGCAGGUGAAGGCUCAAAGGUGCAAAACAGUGACCAGAAUGCAACGGCAGGUGGAGUUUGGAAAAAGGCAGAACGGCAUCUUGGGAAAUGUAGGAUUCUGUAACAGAAGGGGUUAGCGGUUCCUGAAACGUAGAGCAUCACAGAUUUAUACAAAAGUGACGUUUCGUGGUGGAUUUAGUUGAUUUUUCUUUAAUCAACCAGCUGUCAUAACAGUUGAUUUUUCAGAGAACUUGCGAGGAAAGUUCUGGUAACAUCUUCCGCUUUUUGUUUUUCUAUGUUAAUUUCUACGUGCUAAAAAUCUUUAGGCCCCUGUGUCUAAGGAAGCUUACGACUAUUCACUGAUACUAGUGAAGUAUGAACACAUAAAGAAAUGCUUUAAUUGUAGUUUCACGUAUUAAAGUUUUGUAUGAGCUAUUUUGUUAAAUAUUCCUACUUUAACACAAGGCAUGUACGUUCUUACAUAAUUUUUAAACUCAAGUAUGAUGGAAGUUUUUGUAACACUUGUAUACCGUUAUUCCUUUCUCUCCCCCAUAACAUGGCCAAAACACACUUUGCUUUAAUUUUUCACUUUUUAAAAAAUAUAUCAUUGUUCUAAACUGCGACCAUGAUGUGAGAUCCUAUCCCUCCCACCCACCCACUCCAAAAUUAGUCUUCAGGAUACUCUUUUAGCCGAGGCACUCGAGCUGACUUUUGUUACCUUAAAAGGGUUUCUGAACGUUUUGUGCUUCCUGUGUAUUAUUCAGGAAUUCCCCGAAGGACAGAUAACAAAAAUGAAUGCAUGCAUAAAACCAUUUACGUUUAUCAAAAUUAGAGAAGACAGCAGUUUUUCAGAGAUUUUUUCAGAUUUGCUUCUUAAUAUUUAUAGAAACCUUAACGUUGAAACUUAAUAGUUCUUUAUUUGACUUAUGUUUUUUGAAAUUGUGUUUCAAGAAAGUUUUAGAUCUUUGUUUUGUCCCACAAAAAUCUAAACAAAUUGGUUUAUGUAGCACAAGUACUGGUGUGAAAUUUCUAUUCAGUGGCUUCAAAACACCCUCAUAAUUGGCUAUAGUUAAAGUGAUUUACCCUUAUGCAUCAUGUAGCCAUUAACCUCUGAUGUGAUAUCGAAUGGUUAAGAGAAGAUUAAACGAAAGCAAAGCACGUGUAUUUGUCUCCGACAGCCUCGGACACUUAUUAUUACCGUCUGGCAACAUUAUGGAAAACACUUGUGAAAACCAUUUCAUCGCCAUACUUUGAACACCCAAAACAUUAUUCUUUUUUUUAAAUAUAGAAUUUUUUCGCCUUCUCCCAAAGGCAGUAGGUUCGCACUCACCUGUGCUUUAGAAUUCCCCUUCCAACUCUCAGAGGAAGACUUUAAAAGAGACUUGCGUAGAAUCCUCCCCAUCAUAUUGUUAGACAUUUUGCCCAUCAAAUAUUGCAGGUAUUUCAGCGGCUGUAUUUUCUCAAUAUUGAUUUGAAAGUAAAAGCAAAAUCCAUACAUUUACCCAAAUGCAAAAUUCUGAUUAAACCUUGUUAAAAGCAAAUUGGUUCAAUGCUGACUGUACAGCCCCUAUAUUGGAUAUUUGUUUGUAUUGUUUAUUUUAUUAUUAUUUUUGUCUGUGGUACCAAGUGUAAAAGUUACCAAGUCAUUACUUAUUCACAGUGUUUGUACAUGCACUUUAUGGCCGCUCUUGACUACAAGUCCCCUAUCCCCGACCUGUCCCCCUUUUCAUUUAUUUUGCUGAAAAUGCUACACCGCACUCUUUUGUUGGAUUUUCCUGUUCAGAAAUAAAUCAAAUCUUUCUACA